UCACGACUGCUGGAAACUGAUCUUGGAGCAGCUAGCAUUGACGAUCAUUCGCGGUUGUGCCGACUCGCAAGAACGAAAACCGACCGCAGAUCAGCUGCAAAUCAAACACAUGCGCAUUCGGACGAGGACGAGUACCGGCGACGAGCCGCGAGACCAAAGAUGAAGGACUCGUCAGUGGGUGAGCAGCCAUGGUGCUGUCUCUCCUCCCUCUCCCAUUUCUACUCCUCCUCCUCCUCUUCCUCUCUCCCCUCCCCUGCACCUCUCUGUCACCAACCUCCUCCCAUGGAUCUGUCCUCCCUGACGCCCCGCUGCCCGCUGUGGCUGCAGCAGGUCCGGUCCUGCAGGAGCGGCCCUUUGUUGUGGUGUGGAACAUGCCCACCGAACAGUGUCACAGACGCUUCAGCAUCCACCUGGACCUGGGCAGCUUUGAUAUCGUGGAGAACCGACAGCAGCGCUUCCAGGGACAGAAAAUGACAAUCUUCUACCGUGACCGACUGGGGAAAUAUCCAUACCUCUCCCGAGGCGGCACAAAGGUCAACGGAGGGAUACCGCAGCUCAGCGACCUCUUAGCUCACCUUUCUCUUGCGUCGACGCAGAUUUCAAGCUUGCUGCAGCCAAACUUCACCGGUUUAGCCGUUAUUGACUGGGAGGAGUGGCAGCCGUUGUGGGAGAGCAACUUUGGAACCAAGAGGGAGUACCAAAGGCAGUCCAAGCUGCUGGUGCGACAGGAGAGACCGGAUUUGUCAGAGAGGGCCAUGGCGUCAUUGGCGAGGCAAAAGUUUGAGGAGUGCGCUCGGAAGUUCAUGGAGGAGACACUGCGGUCGAUGGUCAGAGAUCGCCCCAAGGGGCUGUGGGGGUUUUAUGGUUUUCCAGCCUGCUUAAAUAAGCAGAAGAGGACAACAGAUAAAAGCUACACAGGACGCUGCCACAAGGGGACCAAAAACCAGAAUGACCGACUGUCCUGGCUCUGGCGUCAGUCCACUGCUGUCUAUCCCAGCAUCUACCUGCCACAAAGGCUGGCAGGAUCCACAGAUGCAGCUCUGAUGGUCAGACACAGACUGUUGGAGGCUUUGAGGGUGGCAUCAGUUUGGCGCCAUGGCAACAAUACCAAUCAGGCCACACCGGUCCUUCCCUACGCCAGGCUAGCAUUCACACACACUCUCACUUUUCUCAAUAAGACAGACCUGGUGCACACACUGGGGGAGAGUGCAGCACUGGGAGCUGCUGGAGUGGUGCUGUGGGGAGAGCUAAAAUUCGCCAAGUCCAAGCAUCAGUGCAUCCUCCUCAGAGACUACGUCCACACUGUGUUGGGUCCCUUUGUGCAGUCGCUGAGGUCGGACACGAAGACCUGCAGCCUCCAACUUUGCCACAGCAAAGGACGCUGUGUCAGGCGACGCCCCAGCUCCAGUCACACGUUCUCCUCAGGUCCAGCUAUGACCUCUGACCCCAAUGACAGCAAUCCCUUCUCCAGUGGCAAACCUUUCCACAACCACUUCAUGUGUCAGUGUUACCCGGGCUGGACCGGCCAGGAGUGUCAACAGAAGAAGAAGGAGGAGGAAACCAAAGAGAAGAGCAAGUAACACAAACUCUACUGUCAAGUAAAGAAAGCAGUGAUGUCAAAAUAAUUUAAAGGAAAUAAACACAAUAAUCAUAUUUGUUUUGCAUAUUUUCAAGAAGGAUUUAAUUUCCCCUCUAAAUGCAAAUCCUUCAGAGUUUAACUACUUUUAAAUGUAUUUAUUACUUAGACAUUCUUAGACAUUCUCAGCCAUCAACUCAUUUAUGUUUUGUUUAAUUAAUUCUGAAUGUUUUGUGACUGGAUAUUAGGAUCUUGUUUUAACUGCAGUGCACAGUGUCAAAGCAUAAAUAUCAAAGUGUAAUGAAUGGGCUUGCAGAUAUGAAAUCUGCUGAAAAUGCAUCUGCUCCUUUUAGAAGCUGUAUCAGCAAACAAAAAAAAUGAAAUAAUUCUGUACAGUUUAUGAACUGUUAAGUAACUGAUAAUUGUAUAUUUAGUAACAUAUGCUAAAAUUGGUGGUUGAAGUCAUGUUCAAGUCAUGUUGUCACAUUUAAUGUUCUAUGUUUCAUGUUACUUUAUGAGAUAGAUGACACUGACACCCACCCAGACAAAGUGACUGACAGCACAAACAGCUGGUAGAUUUUUAAAAAAUAGUGUGCAAUUUAUAGUCACUUAUUAUUUUGAGCAAUGAUAGCGAAUCAACACUUUGUUUACCCUGUGAAAAGUAGAUCGAGGGUUUUCUUGGGCUUUGUUCAGAUGUCUUUCACAUGCUUUAAAACCUUUAAAACUCAAGCAAAAUGUUCAAUUUCCUAUGAAAACACAGCUUUAAAGGCAAGGAACAACUUGGUAAAAAGAUGCCCCAAAUUGGGAAAAGUGAACCUGAAAAUUUGUUUUUAAAAUUGAGAGAGAGAGAUAUUCAUUCAUUCAUUUAAUCCAACCAGCCAUAGUGCUUUAAUGGCAGUGUCAUCACAAAAAAAAGAAUAAUUAAGCUCAUUCAAAAGUUCUUUUCACACAGUAACCAGAGCAGGAGACAGAGCAACCUACUGCUUCUUAACCACAUAGUUCAACAGUUACAUUUAUUCUUGAGACACAGACAACAUAUGAAAACAUUUUAACAUGUGUUUCCUCUUCAAGGAAAAAUCCAGUGUAAAACACAGUUUUACUUUAAAGUAUCUCAUGUCCAGUGUGCUUGUGUAAACAUGUUGGGUGUUCUGCAUAUUAUGUCCCUCCUCUCAUGGCUGUCAGAUUGUGUCUCAGAGCCUGCAGUUCUUGGAUCAGCAGAGACAGCUCUACGGCUGCCUCCUCUUUCUCCCUCACGGCUUCAGUCAGCAUCCGGACUGCGCCGCCCUGCUGGAC